GUGUAUACUAAAAAGAAAGUUAUCAAAGAAAAGAAUUAAAAUCAUUCGAAAUGGUUGCGUAUCAUGAUGAAUUCGAUAAUGUUGAGCAGCCGAAAACAUUAACGUAUUGGGUGCGAAAUUUUCGCAUGAAACGCAUGCAAAUGCGUCGUAAAUUGCGGGGCUCAGGCAGCCUACGCGUGAACGCCAUUUUGUCGACGGCUCUCUUCAGCGCAGAGCAUGAGCUGCGCAGAAAGCAGCAGGAACGAUUCAGUCGUUGGCUCGACGUCCAAACGAAAUUUAUUCCCAACGGCAACAAAAUCCACAAUCAGAAUAACAACUGCAGCGAAAAAUUUCAUCAUGAUUGUGACGUCACAGUGGAAACGGAGACGGAAGAAUUCGAACGUCGCAAUGUCGAAAAUAAUUUGUGGCAAAGCGAACUGAGUGGCCUCGACAAAUUUUUGAGCAGUUUAAGCAGCAGCAACAAAAACAACAAUAGCCAAUGCGCCAUUGCAGUGAGCAGUUAGUUAAAAA